AUGUGCAACCUGUUCUUAUGCCUGGGGCGUGGACGCUAUAAGUUAAUCGUCGUUUCACAGCGUGAUGAGGAACUUAGCAGGCCGACAGCUGAAGCGCAAUGGCGAGACGGAAUUCUAGGAGGAACCGAUCUGAAAGAUCACGCAAGAGGAACGUGGUUUGGCGUCAAUAAAUACGGUCGGGUCGGCAUUCUACUCUCCAUAACACAACCGAAGCACACGAAGAAAGUCGGAGCACCCAGCCGUGGCGCAAUCGUCAAAGAUUUCUUAUCCGCGUCUGUCCUAAACGCAAACGAUUUUUGCGAGGAAAUCGCAGAGAAAGCGACGGACUAUAACGGGUUCCAGUUUGUGGCCUUGAAUCCUGAAGCUGCGGCAACUUAUUCAAUGCGUACAGUGACGAGUAUGUUUGUGGACGAGGUGACAGUACGGAAAUGGACUCCAGGCGUUCAUGUCCUGGGAAAUUGCCCUCCAGAUCGACCCUUCAAAAAGGUGAAGCGAGGCGAGAAGUUGUGGGCUGAUGGUUUGGACGAGGCUCUCGAGCUUCCGGAAGAUCGAAACGUUGCGGAGAAGCUGCUCGCCAUUAUUGAUGACCGAGAGUCAUGCUUUCCGGAUCACCAGCUGGCACUACAAGUCGGGUUGCCGGAGGAUUGUCCACAGCUCGAACCACUUUCGGCGUUGAGAAUCGUUUUCCCGAAAGGAAGUGGGGUGGAUUAUGGCACCCGAUGUUAUACGGUGCUGCUUGUUCGACAUGAUGGGAGCAGCUAUCUACUCGAACGCCGCUUGGUGGGCGAGGGAUUGCCGAUUGAUGCUGAGCAUCCUAAAUGGGAUACUGUUGAGCAUUGGUUUGAUGUGGAGCAGCCGCAU